AUGGACGCUCCAUCCAAUCUAUCGCAGCUACGCAUCUUGCAACGCCAGUAUUUCCAGCUGGUCGAACCACACCAAUUGAGAUGGCCAGAUGAUGCGAUACUAAAAGCGCCAAACGUACAGGCGUGGCUCUUCCACAACCUAUUCGAUGCGGCGAAUAUCACAUCACUACCCCCGGGCCGCUAUCGGUUGAGGAUUCUCAAACAACUUGUCGCAAAACUCGAGAGGUCGAUCACUGACCCGGAGGAGGAUCAAAAAGCAUUCGUGACGUACUCUUACCCCGAUCAUUUACUCGAUGAUAGCGUAACGCACGAACGUACGGUAACGCUACUUGAAGCGCGAUCCGUCAUCUCCUCGUCCGGGACGACUGGUCUCAGAACUUGGGAAGCCGCGUUGCUACUCGGGUCGCAUCUCGCGUCCGAGGCUGGCCGACCGUUUGUAUCCGGGAAGAGAGUAUUUGAACUUGGCGCAGGAACUGGCAUGCUGUCCAUUCUUUGCGCGAAGCACUUGGGGGCGGCCGGCGUGGUUGCUACAGAUGGCGACGAGGCUGUUGUGGAUGCCAUCAAAACAAAUCUUUUUCUCAAUGGACUUGAUGUCGAUGACACGUCCCGGAUUCAAGUGCGGACAGCGCUGAGGUGGGGCCAUCCCAUUGACGCAGCGGCUUUUUCCGAAGACUAUGGCAUGAGCGUACCAGAUGUUGUAGUGGGAGCAGACGUGACAUACGACAAGUCCGUCAUUCCGCGAUUGGUCUCGACCCUGGGAGAAUUCUUCGACCUGAACCCAGCGCUCGAAGCUUUGAUAUCUGCGACGAUUCGCAACGAACAAACGUUCGAGACCUGA